ACAAAACCAAAUCUGCACAUGGAACCGGCCGAGCUUGAAUUUAUUGGUGAAAACUCGCCUAUUGGUGUAAUUCCAAAUUUUAAUCAUGAUUCCAUCUACCUCAUUUCGGGCACCAUUGAACCAUUCCGUGGAGGCAUACCGCUGUAUGUCCCCCUGUGGUUAGCAAUACACCUUCGACAGCAGCAAAAGUGUCGCAUUGUUACACCGGAUUGGAUGGAGAUCGAUCUACUUGAAGAUAUCAAGGAAACAGAAAAACGAAUCAGCACAUUUACCAAAAUGCCCAGCGACAACUACAUGGUGGAGGCAAAGCUGAUUCUCAGCACGGCACCGGAAGAUGUUCCUUCGUCCGACGUUAUUAAAACACUUAUCAAGGAUAUCUACGAUGUGCGGUGUGCCAAACUGCGCACGACGGUGGAGAAUUUCAUCAAGAGCGAGGGCUCGCAUACGGUCAAUCUAGAAAACGUCACCGUCCUGGAACUGCACACAAUUCAACCGUUGUUACCGCACGCCAUGGAUUUCCUAGCGCGCGUCGAACAAACGAAAAAGGUUGUGCGUUCGAUGAACACCACUACGCAAUCCUUCAGCAUGGGUGGUUCUAGUGGCAGUUCUGGAAACACGAGACCAUGGUAAACAAGCUGUAAGUUUUAAGGCAGUCUAAUUUAUUGCAUAGGUUCUAGUUUAGUAUACAAUGGCAGUGGUGUAGCUAGUAAUGAAUAAAUACAAUCUAAAUGCAUUUUUUAAGAACAACCUUUUAAGCAAAUUCUGUUGAAAAUUGGACAUUUUUAAGUAACAUCAUCAUAUAUUAAAAAGAUGUUACAGAAAACUUGUGGCUGAAAAAUAGUUCGACAGAUUCCUACCGUGUCAGUUUUUAUAUGAUUAAAACAUAAUUAAAGUUUGGAAGGUACUUUUGAUAAAAUUUAUUGAUUUUAAAACGACAGUGUUGGCGUAGAAUUCGAUCAAUAAUUGAAUGUCGCAAUCUAAUUCUGAAUGUUACUAUACAUAUCGACACGUACUUACGCAAUAAAACAGAAUCUUUCAAUUAAACA